AUGAAGUGGCUAUCUCUCGCGUUUCUCUUCGCCGGCGGGGUGCUUUCGGCCCCUGCUGCACCUGCGGCGGAUGAGUACGACUACGUCGUUAUUGGCAGUGGCCCUGGUGGUGGACCCCUCGCAGCCAACCUAGCUAAGGCCGGAUACUCGGUGUUUCUGAUCGAGGCCGGAGACGACAGCCCGGGGCAGGGCUUCGGUGUCUACACACCAACUGUCCACUGGGACUUCUAUGUCAAGCAUUACCCUGACGACGAUCCAAGGAACGAACUGUAUAGCCAUCUUACGUGGCUUACCCCAGAAGGCAGGUACUGGGUCGGUCAGACCGGAGCGCCAGCAGGCUCUAAGCUCCUAGGUGUUUAUUAUCCUCGCGGCGCAACUCUUGGUGGAUCAUCUAUGGUUAAUGCCAUGGUGUGCUGGCUGCCGAGUGACAGUGACUGGAAUCACCACUACAAUGUGACUGGUGAUGAAAGCUGGAAAGCCGAGAAUAUGCACAAAAUUUUCGAAAAGAUCGAGAAGAACAACUACGCCGAUCCCGGAAGCCCCGGACACGGCUUCAAUGGUUAUUUCCAAACCAACAUGGGUGCCAAGGCCCAGGCCAGGGGCGGCAAUUUACAAGGCAACAAGGUCAUGGAGGCGUACGCCAAGGAUUUUGGUGUCAGCGACUGGUCCAUGUCUGAUCUCCUGACCAGGGACCCCAACGAAAUGGUCCCUGACCGUGAUCAAAUCUCCAGCAUCUUCGGUCUUGUAAACCACCAGUACGCGAACGGAGGCCGGUACAGCUCGCGCGAUUAUAUCCAAGCGGCUGUCAGAGACGGUGAACCCUUAACCGUAUCCAUGACAUCGCUCGCCACGAAAGUGCUGUUUGAUACCAGCGGGGACUGCGGCGAUAAGCCUCGAGCUAUCGGCGUUGAGUACCUCGAGGGCAAGUCUCUCUAUGCUGGAGAUUCUCGCCGCCAAGAAGGCGCGACAGGAACGAAGAAGACGGUGAGGGCAAAGAGGGAGGUUAUUGUCUCGGGCGGUGCUUUCAACUCUCCUCAAAUACUCAUGCUGAGCGGCAUUGGUCCCAAGGAGCAUUUGGAAGAAUUCGAUAUUCCCGUCAUUCACGAUCUUCCCGGGGUUGGCCAGCACCUAAUGGACAACCAGGAGAUGCCGAUCGUUGGCACCGGGUCUGCUGGUUCGGGUACUACCGGUGUCGCCAUGUUCAAGACCAAUUUCCCAGCUCAUGACGAACGUGACAUGUUCCUCAUGGGCGGACCUGGUUUCCUUUUCCGUGGCUUCUGGCCCAUGAACCCUGUUGCUCAACCACGAGAACCUCAAAUGCCCUACGGCGUGAGCAUGGUCAAGGGCUCUUCCGUCAAUAACAAGGGUUGGGUCAAGCUGCGAUCAGCCGACCCGCAGGACACGCCCGAAAUCAACUUUAACCAUUACGCCGAAGGAUCCGAGGCUGACCUCAACGCCAUGAAGGAUACCGUGGCCCGCAUUCGCAGAAUCUACAAGGACAUCGGUAUCACUCCUACCGAGCCUCCCUGCACUGCCGGGCUCGAUGAGAAUGGCAGCUGUGGCCAAGAAGAUAUCGACUGGAUUCACAAGCAGACCUUUGGACACCACCCCACCAGCUCAAACAAGAUUGGUGCCGACGAUGAUCCCAUGGCUGUCUUGGACUCCAAGUUCCGCGUCAGAGGCGUCGCUGGUCUGCGUGUUGUUGAUGCCAGUGCGUUUGCCCGGAUCCCGGGUAUCUUCCCGUCGGCACCAACUUUCAUGAUCAGCCAGAAGGCGUCGGACGAAAUGAUUGCCGAGCUAGAGGCUGGAGAAGCUAUUGAAGUUUGCGCGGCCCCCCUUCCAGAGUAA